ACUUCAAAAAAUUAGGAGCAUUCACGUCAACAAUGUGCAUAAACAACAAAUUAGCAGAUUUCGCCAAGGUUGGGCGGGUUAUCCUUGGUGUUGCACGUAACUACAAGCCACUUAAAAAUCCACCAAGAGAUCCAAUUAUUUUUGCCAAAUUACCAUCGGCGUAUUUAACACCUAAUGCUACGAAUUCGAAUCAUGUUGUGAUACCGCAAGGUUUUGUUGUAAAAGCAGAUGUGUCGUUAGGUGUAGUCAUUGGAUCUAAGGCUAAAAGAAUCGAAGAGGGUGAAGCGGACUGCGUAAUAGGAGGUUACUGUCUGGCGAUGGAUCUUACAGCUACGACUCCAUUGGAAUAUUUAAUGGAGAAUAGGUUACCUUGGACCAUAGCCAAAUCAUUUAAUACAUCGUGCGUUGUAAGUAAUUUUAUUCCAGCAAAAAAAUUAUACAAUCCAUACGAUACUGAAUUAUGGUUGAAACUAAAUGGUGAUUUGGUACAGAAAGCGAAUACAAAAGAUAUGCAUACCAGUAUCGCUGAAAUAAUCACAUACAUAUCAAGAUAUAUUACCUUAUAUCCAAAUGAUUUAAUAUUAACGGGAUCACCUCAUUCAAUUGCAAAUCAUCCUGCACAAUUAAAUCACGAAGAUGUAGUGGAAUGUGGUUUAGGUAAAGAUGUGUCAAUGAAAGUGAAAGUUUUAGAAGAAACUCAAUUGUCUGAUGAAGAUCUUGUACUCAAUUUUUAAUAUCUUGCUAAUAGUUGUUGGACGU